UUACAGAGACGCGUGUGGGGCAGGAGGCUAAGAGCAAAGAAAAUGCGACCGGUAUCUGUUACUUCCGAACAAGGAACAAUAUUUUUUUAACAACAGAUAGUUAUACCCGUGUAUAGAUAUGGGAACGAAGGGUGUAGAAGGCUUUGUCAUGCUGGAGCUCGCCGCUGAAGCCUUCCAAGCAAAAAACUUUCAGCUUGCCGCUGACAUCUACGAAUGCCAACUAGAAAAUUUCACCGACCACGCUACUCAACAGGAGCUGCUAUUGAAACGAGCUGAUGCGUUGGCAUUUGACGGCAAGCUUAGCGAGGCUUUCGAAAUCUACCAGAGGGCUUCUAAAAUCGAGAGGUUACGACCUGCGCAGCUUGAAAAUCUGACAGAAUGUCUGACCAACAGCAUCCAAAGAAAAGAAGGGAUUGUCCGUUUCAAGACCCAACAGGAGCAGGACACUACAACAUGCGGCGGAUGUGAUGCUUUCACAUGUAGGAUAUGUUGUGGAAUUCUGUGCGAGCCGGUAACACUGCCUUGUGGACAUUGCUUUUGCAGAAAGUGCCUGGAGAGGGAAAAUGUGCCAGUUUGCUGCAAAGAAUGCCAAGACUGUUCAAAACUCACCGAUGUGCUGAGUUACAGAGUCAACGUGGUGCUUAGCAACUUGUUGUCCAAAUGGUAUCCCUCUCAGCUGCUUGUUGUUGAAUUGAGGCAUGAGGGAAAUAGGUUAUAUGCAGAGAAAAAACUGGAAGCUGCUUUGGAAAAAUACAACGAAGCUAUACAAAAAGCUCCAAGGGACCAUUUGCUGUUCAGAAACCGUUCACAGAUAAACUCUGCCCUGAGAAAAUCUGAAGAUGCAUUGAGCGAUGCAGAGAUGGCAUGCAAACUACAGCCUCAUUGGUUAAAGGGACAUUUAAGGAAAGCGCAAGCCCUUCUUUUGCUGAAGAAGACAGAAGAAGCUUUAGCAGAGUAUCUGUUCUGCAUUGCUUUAGAACCGGAAGGCAAACUGGCAAAGCCAGAAGCUCAAAAGCUGCUGAGUGACCUCUUCGCUCCAGUCCCCGACAACGUCCAGGAGAGGAUACCGGACUGCAGCAGCCUGCUGUCCUCCCGGGCCAGAGUAAAGGGACAUGCAGUGACCUCUCUCAGCUCACCUGGCGGUGCCAUGUCACUGAGUCUGUACAAGAAGAAUGGCAGCACAUCUUCUCCAGAAGGUCUGAGGCCUCUGGCGGCGUGUAAUCGCAGUAAAGAAGCGGACGGCGGGCGAGCGAGGCAUGGCUGCUGUGGGGAGGGCAGGGAGGACGGGGGCAUCGCCUCGCUGUACCACUCCGCCGUCCUGGACGGCCGCUACCUCCUCAAGCGCAAGCGCAGCGCCGACGAAGACGUGGAGGAGGACGAAGAGGAGGAGGGAAGAGCAGCGGGCGGCAGAGAGUGGCCGUGUAAACGCGCAAAGUCAAACGGGAGGCUGAAAGAGGGGACCACCUCUUGGUCCUCGGUGGUGGCAGGCCAACUUGAUGCGGCUGAUCUGGAGUGCUCCUUAUGUAUGAGGCUUUUUUUUGAACCAGUCACCACGCCGUGUGGGCACACCUUCUGUCUGAAAUGCCUGGAGAGAUGCCUGGACCACAACUCCAAAUGUCCUCUGUGCAAAGAGGACCUCUCUGAGUACCUGGCCCAGAGACGAUACUGUAAGACCUUCCUGAUGGAGGACCUCAUUGCCAAGUACCUUCCAGACGAGCUCCUGGACCGUCAGAACGUCCACGAGGAGGAAGUCGCUGAGCUGUCCAACCUGAAUAAGAACGUGCCUAUAUUUGUCUGCACCAUGGCCUUCCCGACCGUGCCCUGCCCCCUGCACAUCUUCGAGCCCUGCUACCGCCUCAUGAUCCGCCGCUGCAUGGAGAUCGGGACUAAGCAGUUUGGAAUGUGCCUCAGCGAUCCCGUCAAGGGGUUUGCAGAUUACGGCUGCCUCCUGGAAAUCCGGAGUGUGGAGUUCUUUACGGACGGCCGCUCCGUCGUGAACACCGUCGGAAAGAGAAGGUUCCGGGUCGUCCAGCAUAGCCAGAGAGAUGGGUACAACACAGCGGACAUCGAGUAUUUGGAAGACAAGAAGAUGGAGGGGGAACAGGAGGAGGAGCUUCGGAAGCUGCAGGACUCUGUGUAUGAGCAGGCCUUGAUCUGGGUGAGCUCCCUCAAGCCCGAACAAAGGGAGAGGAUUCUGGGACACUUCGGACCCAUGCCAGAGAAAGAGCCAGAACCGCAGGUGGGUCCGAACGGGCCGUCCUGGUGCUGGUGGCUCCUGGCGGUCCUGCCCCUGGAGGGCCGGGCCCAGCUCCCCUUCCUGGCUAUGACCGCCCUGAAGGACCGGCUGAUAGGCAUCCGGAGGGUCCUCCUCUUCAUGUCCCGAAACCGCUCCCGAUGACCUGCUGUCUGCGGCAACAGUCUUCCCACACGCCCAUCUGUCCCAGCCGGUCUUUCAGGAGGCCAGAUUCCACAUGCCCUUCUGCGCAGAAGUACUGCCUGGAGGAUGGAUUUUUACUGUUAUCACUGACCGGGAUUUAAAACAAGAAGAUGAACAAAACCAGUAUCAGUUCUGUCUCUGGAUUGGUUACCCUUUUCUGACUGUGAUUUGCAACCUAUGUGCUUUAAAAGAGUGAGCUCAAUGGACAGAGAUGUGGCUUGUGGUUUUCAGCGGACAAGUUACCUGGGAGUGACGUUCAGAUCUCGUUUAAGUGUACUUUGUGUGCUGGACCUACAUCUGCAAAACACUUCCCUUCAACGGCGUGACAAAACCUUGUCUGUCCUUUCUCCCGUGAGAGACCCAGGGUUUCGUUUUUUUUGUUUUCUUCAGUGUUAUUUAUGGUUUGUGUGUGUGUAUCACACUGUUUACAUCGCUUGGAUCAAUGGUUCAUCAAGUAUCAUUCAGGUGAAAUGAUUCAUUUCUGAAAGACUUUUCCUUUUUUCCAUCUGUUACUUGUACUAUCCUUGGCUGUUUGGUUAAUGAUUUUAUAAAUGAUUAUCUAUGAUAUUCUAAUUAAAGUAAAAGACACAGAGCACCAAACAAGUCCCUGUAACCAUCCAGGGCAGCCCUAAUCUGCAGUGUGCUUGUGUUAAGAAAACGGCAGUCAGUUUAAAGGACUAAAAAACACUAAUUUGGCUUAACGGUAAAUUUAAGUGUGAAAACACAAAACCCAGACACAAUAUUGCCUUAUUUUGUCUACUUGACCAUUCAUGUACAUGCUGUGCAAGGGAUAUGAAAGGGUGACAUAAGUAACAGUAAGUUCAGCCUACUCUGAUGCUUGUCUGUUUAUCAGUGUGGUCUUUACUCAUUAGAAAAAAGGGCAUCGCUAUGGGUUCAAUCGCUUUUACCCAAACUUUCCAUUCCCAAAGCUGAAUAAUAUUUUUAUCCAUGUUAUACUAACUUUCUUUUUAUAUCUUACUCUCAACCAGAGUUUAUAUGACUGAAAGAGGAGGGAAAAGGCAUCCACUCCUCUGCUGCUUCGAUACAGUUAGAGAGGCAACAUCUAGACCUGGGCUAACCACAACCAAUCUGGCACUUGUGCUGAUACCCAUGCCACCAUUUUAAAUGAUAGCGCAAAUGCUAAAUUCAAUCAGUUUCCACAUUCAUAGAACUGGCUGAGCGCAGAUAUCAAACAAUUCAUGAAAUUAAAAUGUUACAAAUUGUAUUUUCAUAAAAUAUUUUUAUCCUUGUUUACUUAAUUAUUAAGUGGGGAACAUGAGACUAGCGAGCUACUGAAUGUCUAGUUUACUUGUGAGUUUGGCUGAUAAAAAGGCCAAAUUAAAAAAAAAUUAUAAAGAGAUUCAGAUAAUAAUAAUGAUAAUAAUAAUAAUAAUAAUAAUAAUAAUAAUAAUUAUUAUUAUUAUUAUUAUUAUUAUUAUGCAACUUAUAAGGUAGGUUGCAUCAUCGUAAUAGCCACAAUUUCAGUAUUGGGCCAAUUUGAAUAAAUUUAUUUUAAGCUACUAUUGGCUGAUACAAAUAUGCCCCAAAUAUUUUCUUGAAUCCCUAAUCUAGGCCAUUUGCCUGCACAAUAUGAUUUAUUUAAAAUAUGCAUGAAUGGCUCUCAGAAUCAAAAUUCCAUCCAGCUGGAUAACUGUUUUUGAAUGAAAAUAGACAUGUAGGUAUUAAUGAUGCUGAGUUCAAUGUGAAUAUUAAGCAGGGAAAUAGGACGGUUGUUUCACCCUUAUUCUGAAAUAGAAAUGCAUAUCAUAUGGAAGAAGUGGCUACUACAGUGCUAAGAUUUGGAGUAAUUGUUUGUAUCACUACAAGUGGUUUAUUUUUUCAGUGUCAUCUAAGCCUGGACUUGCCUUUGCGUAUCUUUUAACACAUUUGCACCAUCAGACACAGCCUGAGGGGUACCUGUGGCAUUCCUAUUUUGCACUUGCUGGGGUUGCUUCCUAAGAUUUUAUCUCUAAAACGCCAACAAAAACAGUUCACAGGUGUGCAAAUGCUUCUACAGGCUGGGGUCGUGUUGCAGUGGCAUUACAAAGCUGUUUGUUAUUGGAGUCCUGUGUCUCCUCUGCUCUUGUUUAUGUAGAGAAGGUCGGCAUAUUAGUAUUCUCUUAUAAGUAUCUACAUCAUGCAACUUAAAAGAAGUAGGCUCCGAUUUAUUUUUUUUGUUUGUUUUUUGAAAAUUCAACAUGUAGUGCCUUAUGUUUGACUACAUUAAAUGAUACCGUACCAUGCAAUAAUAAUAAUUCUUAUAAUAGAAUUCAGCAGAAAGUAGCUUUUUCUGUAGCUCUUAGGAAGUAUCUUUGUGUUUAAAAUUUAAACAAAAUAUUCACGUUCCACUUCUGGGCACCGAAGACAUCAUUUUACAAUAUAAAAUGAAGAUGAUACAGGGAUUUAAUUUUGUGGGAAUCAAAAUGUGUUUUGAUCAAUUGGCUCAACACAUAUACAUUUUGACAGUUGCAUAUUUCUGGCAAGAACCAUGCGCUAGUCCUUAUUUACACAAAGCAAAUACUGUGGAGAAAGAAAAAGAGUAAUAGGAAAUGGCAGUGCAAAUUGUCGGAGACCUAUUGUAAAGUUAGUCUUUAUGGCCAUCGGAAUUGGAACGGCUGCUGAUGUUUCAUUUACUGGAGUUUUAAAUGUCAGGAAAAAAAAUGUAAUUAAAUCACGGCCCUGCUGGGAAAAACAGCUCAGGCUAGGUUUUGAAACAGCUGGUUGACCAGUUAAACCAGCUCAAUACACAACAUGGUUUGAUCAGCUCAGCUGUUUCAAAACAGUAUGUUUUGAAACAGCUGGUAGCUGGUAUUUCAAGCUGGUCAUAGCUGGAUUUUACACCAGGGGGGUGACAUUUUACACAAGCCGUACUUAAAGAAGGUGUUUGUAAAUCAUAUUAGCAGGAAUAACUUGUAAUUGUUCAUUAAUUAUUUAUGUGACAUAGUCAUGAAGAUGUUAUGGGUUGAUAUAUGGCCACCUUAUGAAACAACUCAACAGAUACUUACACCAAAGUGUGACCACAAUCAUACUUACAGAUUCAAUUUGAUAUUUUUAUUUCUGUUAUUUGAUGAAAUGGUUUGAGUGUUCUUACUAGUGAUUGCAGGUUAAGACAGUUCAAUCACAUGGGAAAUUUGAAUAAUGCUAUACUUGUAAAAUGAGUUACAUUUUCCUGACUUUUAUAAAUCCAACACUUUGAUUUGCACACUAAUUAUGAAUGCUGACCUACCUCUGUGACGUGCAUUUAGUUAAUCUGCUCAAAUAAGCUAAUCAAAGAGAAAUAUUUUGAUUUGGGGUAUUUAUAUUUAUAAAGUAGCGACUAGUGAACAUAAGUUCUGUUUUGGUGGCUGUGUGAUAUUUGUAAAAUUGCCUCUUAACUAAAUCUGUGUUUACAUCACUGAAUGUAUGUCAUAGACGUAGUUGUUCUGUUUGAUUGUGUUACAAUAGUAAUUUGUUUAUGAUAUUGUUAUAUAGUGUACAUAUUCUAUUAAAAUUUUGUUCAUAA